AGCCUACUUUUUUUUUUCCUUUUUUUUUGUUUUUUUCUUUACUCUACAUCAGGGGUGGGGCAACUGUGGCCCUCCAGCUGUUGUAGAACUACAAGUCCCAUGAGGCAUUGCAAAACUGACAGUUACAAGCAUGACUCCCAAAGGCAGAGGCAUGAUGGGACCAGGGGCGGACUGACCAUUUGGAAACUCGGGCCCUGCCCGAGGGCCCGGGGUCAGUAGGGGGCACCAUGAGAUGCCCCUGGUACCUUUUUCAAAGGUUUUUUUGAGGUUUUUUUGAGUUUGGGCAAGGACACAGGGGCCCCAUGAUCCCCUAUUGCCCGGGGGCCCCAUGAGUUGUCAGUUCGCCCCUGG